AUGUCUGUGAAAUCUCCGCCUUCCGAUCUCCCGAUCCACGCCUUUCCCUCCGCUGAGGCCCUGAAAGAGUUCCUCGACCGUGAACACACGAUAAUCCCUGGGUUCUACCUCAAAUUUGCUAAGAAGUCAUCAGGCAUACCUUCUGUCUCAGGAUCUGAAGCUGUGGAGACGGCUUUAUGCUAUGGCUGGAUUGACGGCCGCGCAAAUGGUCUCGAUGAUCAGUGGUGGCUGGUCCGCUACACGCCCCGCCGCGCGAAGAGCAUCUGGUCUAAGAAGAACGUGGCUACAAUAGCAAGAUUGGCAGAAGAGGGCAGGAUAAGGCCGGCAGGCAUUGCAGCAGUGGAGGCGGCAAAAGCAGAUGGGAGAUGGGACCGCGCUUAUGCUGGUCCAGCUACGAUCGAAGUGCCUGUGGACCUUGCUACUGCACUCGCUGGGGAGCUUGCUGCCAAAAGAUUCUUCGAGGGAAUGAACAAGACGAAUCGGUACUCCGUCCUGUGGAGGGUGGAGACGGCAAGCCCAAAGGCUCGGGCAGGGAGGAUUGAGGCGAUGUUGAAAAUGUUGGUGGAGGGAAAAUCUCCUCGAGCAAUGGAAAAGCCUAAGCGAAAAGCUAUUUACAAAGGCUCUAAGAUCACAGAGACGCAAUCAACGCAGGACUUGACUCGCAAACAAAACGAGACUGCGCGACCAAGGCGUAAUGAUGCGAUGAAACAAUCUCGACGUGCUGGAUUACGACAGCGAAAUCAGACUCAAGAACAAGGAUGA